AUGGCUGCCUCUUUGAAACUAAAAACCUGUUACCACACCCGUUCUGCCAGUUUGCCUUGUUCACUUCACCCUCUUAUCAAUCGCUUCGAAGAGCAUUUAUGCAGAUUGAAGACAUCAGAAGCUGCUUCUUCAUCAUCAUCAUCAUCAUCAUCAUCAGUCACCCAAAAACUAAGUGACCUUAAUGAUCUGUAUGAAUGUGUCAGUGAUCUGCUUAUACUGCCACAAGCUCAACAAGCCUUGGCCCAAGAAUGCCAUGCUCACAAAUGGGUUGAUGAUGCAUUAGAUGGGUCUCUGAAGCUCUUAGAUGUUUGUGACACCAAUAAGGAUCUCUUUAUGCAGACAAAGGAAUGCCUACAAGAACUCCAAUCGAGUCUUCGAAGGAAAUCGGGUAAAUCUGCAUUAGCAAAUGAUCUAGGACAGUACAUAAACUCCAGGAAGAAGGUAAAGAAAGCCAUCCAAAAGUCUUUGCUGGACUUGAAAAGCAUGGAAAGCAAACAUAGCUUUUCUCCAUUAGACCGUGAUCCGGUGGCCAUGGUUAACAUGUUAAGAGAGGUGAGAACUGCCACUGUCGCUGUUUUUCAAUUGUUGUUGGUCAUCAUGUCCGGGACAACUGUGAGGUCAAGAGCAAAUGGGUGGUCCUUGGUUUCCAAGCUGGUGCUGCCCAAUCGUGUAUCGUCUAAAAAGGAAGCGGUUGACAUUGGUGAAUUUGAGAAUGUGGAUGCAACAUUGUACCCCAUCAUCUGUCAGAAGAAAAGCAAGUCAAUUGAUCUUAUCCAAGUCGAGAAUCUACAAGACGAGUUGGGGAAAUUGGAGUUGAGUAUUCAAGAUAUGGAAGAAGGAUUAGAGGUUCUGUUUAGAAAUUUGAUCAAAACCAGAGUGAACCUUCUCAACAUUCUUAGUCACUAG